UUCUCAGGUGAUGUCAUCCGGGCGCCAAAAGCCGGCGCACCCGCUCACUUUAGCGUUUGGAGCAAACGUAGAGCGCUUUGCGAUGGCGGCCCCCGAUGCAGCUUUGGGGUCGUUGGUAACGGGUCUGUAUGACGUGCAGGCUUUCAAGUUUGGGAGCUUCGUACUGAAGAGCGGGCUCUCUUCCCCAGUCUACAUCGAUUUGCGGGGCAUCGUGUCUCGACCACGUCUUCUGAGUCAGGUUGCAGAAAUUUUAUUCCAAACUGCUCAAAAUGCAGGGAUCAAUUUUGACACUGUGUGUGGAGUACCUUAUACAGCUUUACCAUUGGCUACAAUUAUCUGUUCAACCAACCAAAUUCCAAUGCUUAUUAGAAGAAAAGAAACAAAGAAUUACGGUACUAAGCGUCUUGUAGAAGGGGCUGUUAAUCCAGGAGAAACCUGUUUGAUCAUUGAAGAUGUCAUCACUAGUGGAUCUAGUGUCUUGGAAACAGUUGAGGUUCUUCAGAAGGAGGGCCUGAAGGUCACUGAUGCCGUAGUGCUGCUGGACAGGGAGCAGGGAGGCACGGACAAGUUGCGGGCACACGGGAUCCGUCUGCACUCAGUGUGUACAUUGUCCAAAAUGCUGGCGAUUCUUGAGCAACAGAAAAAAAUCGAUGCUGAGGUAGUCGAGAGAGUGAAGAGAUUUAUUCAGGAGAAUGUUUUUGUGGCAGCUGAUCAUAAUGGUUCCCUCUCUUCUGUAAAGAAAGCACCCAAAGAACUCAGCUUUGGUGCACGUGCAGAGCUGCCCGGGACCCACCCAGCUGCAUCGAAGCUUCUCAGGCUUAUGCAAAAAAAAGAGACCAACCUGUGUGUGUCUGCGGAUAUUACAGAAUCCAGAGAGCUGUUGCAGCUCGCAGAUGCAUUAGGACCCAGCAUCUGCAUGCUUAAGACUCAUGUCGAUAUUUUGAAUGAUUUUACUCUGGAUGUGAUGGCGGAGUUAACAACCCUGGCAAAACGCCAUGAGUUUUUAAUAUUUGAAGACCGGAAAUUUGCAGAUAUAGGAAACACAGUAAAAAAGCAGUAUGAAGGUGGUGUCUUUAAAAUAGCUUCCUGGGCAGAUGUAGUCAAUGCCCACGUGGUGCCCGGCUCAGGAGUGGUGAAAGGGCUGCAAGCUGUAGGCCUGCCUCUGCACCGGGGCUGCCUGCUUAUUGCAGAAAUGAGCUCCGCGGGCUCCUUGGCCACUGGGAACUACACAAAAGCAGCAGUUACAAUGGCUGAGGAGCAUUCUGAAUUUGUGAUUGGCUUUAUUUCUGGCUCCCGAGUAAGCAUGAAACCAGAAUUUCUUCACUUGACUCCAGGAGUUCAGUUAGAAGCAGGAGGGGAUAAUCUCGGCCAACAGUACAAUAGCCCACAAGAAGUAAUUGGCAAACGAGGUUCUGAUAUCAUCAUUGUAGGCCGGGGCAUAAUAACAGCUGCUAAUCGUCUGCAAGCAGCUGAGAUGUACAGGAAAGCUGCCUGGGAAGCUUAUUUGAGUCGACUUGGCGUUUGAGUGUCUCGGAUGCAUUUUGUGAAGGCCUUGAAGAUCCAUGGCCUCCUGAGAAGCACAGGCUGGAGAUAAUAAGCAGCCUUUACUACUGCUUGGGUUCUACCAGGGGUUCUUCUGUGUUGGAAUGACUUCUAGAAUUAUCCAUGUUUAGGAAGUACUGAACAGCUUGUAAUCACUGCAUUAUCGCUGUAGUACGUUCAUUUUCAAGCAUUCUUGUAGUGAGACUGAUGUCGGUUAGACAGUCACAGUCCCUUCUGUGUUAAGGUCCUCCACAUUUGAGGAUCCCCGCCCCAUUUCUAAGCCAGACUUUUUUAUUCUUUUAAUUGCCGUGACUUGAAAAUUUUAGGACAUCAAGAGGCUAAAACCAGUACAGUUCUUGUGUCCUUUUAUUCUGUCUAAUGUGAUGCCCAAAUAAUAUUAAAAUAUUAGCUAUACUCUUCCUUCCCCUCUUAAAUGUGGUCACCAGGUUUCCAAAUGCUGCUGGUUCAGAAUGGGGAAGGGGCAAGAUGACUGUAGCUGAGCCCCUGAAGCCAAUAUCUGGUUUUUAUUUCAACAAACGGAGAGGCCUCAGUCCCAGGUUCCUACUGCCUUACUUGGGAUUACAAAUAAGCAAACUGUUCCUCCAUUUAUUUAAAAAGACAGUAGCAUCAAGAGGCUUCAGGUUCCAUUUGGAAGUUUGCUUGAGUAUCUUUAAUUGUCCCACCUGUCACUGACAGAGAGCGACGUCAGCCUUCACCAGAAAUAAAGAGAAAGGAACCCAGCAACGGAGCUAAUGGUGUUGUCCAUAUCUCUGGGUUCCACCACAUUUCUGUGGUGGAGCCGAGGAUGUCAGCCUUUCCACAAAAGCCCCACCUUCACACAUGAGCAAUAACCAAUUAGAUAGCCCUCUCCUCAACCCAGUGUCUGUCAGAAAUUCCUCCGAAUUUCUGGAUGACCCCUAUUCUCCCGUACUGAUACAGAUUUUUUUCCAUUUUUAUAUUUCUUUGGCCUAUUCAGGAAGCAUCUUGGAGGGUGUGGGCUCAGAUGACCGUUUUGAAAUGGCCCCACUACACAAGGCCCUGUGUGAGCAGGGCCAGGGCAGCAGUUGCAUUUGAAGGCUCAGUUCUGACUCUACCAGCACACUCACGAUCUGCCUUCCCCUUGUCUGGGCCUUUCCUACAGGCAGUGGCAGGUAUGAAAGGACACGUGGCGUUUCCUCAGGCUGGCUGCCAUCCCUGACUGCCCCGCUCUUCCAGUGGCUCAGCGGGAAGCCUGGGACACUGCAUUCCCUCCUGGUGUCUGCACUUAAGAGCUGCUGCUCUGAAGUCCCAGUGCUGCAUCUCCAAAGAAAUUCCCUUCAGGCAAGGCAAGUUAUCAAAGCAUAGGACUGGAUGGGACAGGAAGGUGUGGCCCUCGGAGCUACCCUGAGGGAGCUGACUGUGAGGAAGAGGAAGAAUAACAACACAGGAAUCUCUCUAGGUGCCUGCAAAGCCUUGGUGACCUUGAGGCUGAGAGACCUUUGGAGUGAUGUACUGGGGUCUCCAGUGGCCAUUUAAUGGCCACUGGUCAGUGGUUCUCACACUUCAGCAUGCAUCAGAGUCACCUGAAGUCUUAAAUCAGACGCUGACCCCAGCCCCAGUGUCUGACUGCAUAGGUCUAGGCUGGGGCUUGAAAAAUUUGCAUUCCAACAAGUUCUCAUGCUGCUGGUGUAGAGACCACUCUGAGAACCACUGCACACCACAAGUCAUAGGUUUGUUCUGCAUUGAGCUGGCCUUGAGGUCUGCCUCCCUCUUGCUGAGUCAUCUACUCCUUCCCCUUAGAAGUGUAAACUGCCACACCAGGAUGCUGGCACUGUCUCUUCUGGUUUUGAAGCUCACCCAGGGCCCCCUCUAACUUGAAGGGAGGCCAGAGGAGCCUCAAAGAAUCCCCUGACCCCAGCACAUGUUUAAAAUGCAGACCUCUGGGCCCCAUCAUCAGAGAUAAUGCUUUAGCAGACUUGCUGUUGUUGGCCUGGAAAUCUGCAUUUCUUACAGAGGCCUCAGGUGUUUUUGAUUUAUCUUGAGAAGAAGCUCAGUGCUGGCAACCUCUCAUCUAAGCAAGUGCCCAGUCUAGAGUCCUAAAACUUUGGAGCACAAAUUGAUUCAGACCGAGAACUUGGGCUGUCCUGGGGCCUGUGAGGGUGCUAUUCAGAACAGAAGUAUUUUGGAGGCAUUAGAUUAGCCCUUUCUCAGUCAAGGACUAUUGACAGAGCCUGCGCUCUAAGCAUUCUAACACCUGGUCCUAGUGAGGAAAAUGGGAGCAGUUUUCACACUGCCCAGAGCAUUUGUAAAACCACUGGAGUGGAGAACUCCCCUGGCCUCUUGCAGCACUUGAGGCUAUGAGCCAGUCGGUUUGUACGCUGGGGAACCUAAGCAACUUGGUCCAGCUCCUCUUACUCUAGAGCUCUGCAAGUAUAGACCUAGAUGGUACAGGCACCUGUUCACAGCGCGGGGGUGGGGGUGAGGUGAGAUGUGUGUGUGUGUGCGUGUGCGUGUGCGCGCGCCAGCCAACUGGAUCCCGGCUCCCAAGGAACAGGUUUCCCAGCCCAUCCUAGUUAGUGCAGUACUGACCCAUAGAUGGAGUCUGUGGGACUCCUACCAACCAUGGGUUUGCUGCUGCAUGACACAGCGCAGCAAACGUUUCUAACGAAUCCAGCACAAGUUUUUGUUUGGAAAACUAAAACAAAAUUUUAGUUUGGCAUUUGAGAACUUGAUGGAAAAAUUUAAAGAUGGUAUGAUAAUCUUGCAAACUACAUUUGUGGGCUGGAAGAUCCAAGUGGAAGGAAUCGAAAUUCGAAACAAAGGGAUAAGGAAAUGGAAAUAAUGAGGGAGGAGAUGAGAGGCUUAGAGGACAGAUCCAUGCAUAUAGGAAGACAUAAGGGGAGGAGAGGAAAUUAUAGAAAUAACGGAGGAAGAUUUCCACAGUUUGAAAAGAUCCUUGAGUCAGCAGAUUAAAGGGGCCCGCUAAGUCCUAGGCAGGCGUUUUGGACAAAGGCAUGCACCUAGGCACAUCCUGUAAAAAUCGCUGAACUCCAAGGGUAAAAAAUUGUAUAAGCAUCUAGUGGAGUAAACUACUUGCAAAGUAAAAGGAAUCAGACUGGUAGUCUACUGUCAUCUGUCACACUGGAAGGUUGGAGACAGGUAGUGACAUCCACAGACCCUGAGAAGGGACUGUCAUAACCAACUAUGAACCCAGCCGUAUGAUCCCCUCUCCGGUUGCAGCAGCCUGACUGAGUGUUCUUAGGCUCCCGGUGCAUGCUGCCCUUCAGCGCGCCCUCUCAUAGUCACCUGUGAGUGAGGUGCACUGAGCGUAUGCCUUUAAAGGGCUCGUCAGGUGGAAGCUGUGAGUAAAUGUAACCAAUAGAAAACGGGACCUGUCAGCAGCUGAAGUGACUAGUAUAACCCAGCAUCUUAGGAAACAAAUUGGGAGCGCCUUAGAGAUCCAAUCAGCCCAUUUCACAGAUGAAGAAAUUGAGGCCCAUUGAGAAACAAUUUGCACGAGGUUGCAGAACUAAUUACAAGCAGAGUAAGGACUAGAAUUGUCUCUUGACUCCAAUUUGGUAUUUUUGUUAUUACACUCUUUUUACUCCCUUUCUGUGUAGGCAGAUAUAGUCACUUUCACCCCUUUAUGUCUAUAUGCAGAUAAGUCGUUAAUACAUAUAUUAUUCUUUCACCAUUUAAUCAAGUAUUUACUGAACACAGGAAGUGAGCCAGACAUACAUUGUCCUGGUCAUUAUGGAACUUAGUUUCUAAACUUAAUUUUCAAAAAGGACUUCCAUACUAUCAUGAGACAUCAGCCUGUCUUCAUAUCAGUUACAACUCGAGACAUAUUCUUCCACUGCUACCAGGAUUCAAUAGAAAGUGCCAAAACUGAAGCAGCAAUUCUAUUAGUGUCCUGAUUCUUUAUCCCUCCCUGAAUCCGUACACUUUGCUACCUGACUCAGAAGUUCCUCCCAUUCUAGGUGGUGAAUAUUUCCACACCCUACUGAUGUUGGGCUUGGCCUUAUAACUUGCUUUGGCCAAUGGAAUGUGGGUAGAGGUGAUGAAACUGUUUCUGCUCACCUCUCUUUCACUCCUGCUGCUACCAUAAGAACAUGCCCUGGUUAACCCACAGGUCCCAGAAGAAUAAAAGAAAGUACAGCAGCGUUCACUCCAGCCUUCCACAGCCUGAUUCACAGAGGCCCCGGCUGGUCUGUAAGCCUGUGACCAUGAUAAUCAAUGCUUAUUAUUGUAUGCCAUGGAAUUCUGGGAUGUGUUGUUAAGCAGCAGUAGCAAAUACACAUUUUACAAUGUGCUGCAGCCCUCCCAGAUCCAGCUCUGGUUACCAGGAAGACAAAAACUGUUCCACCAAGAUCAGCCUGCCUUCAGCCUUCUCAGUCUUCACCUCUGGCUGCUUUUAAUGAGCUCUCUGAAAGAAACAGCUGCUUGGCUCUUGUGUGGAUACUGCAUUUCGACACAGUGAGCCCAAUAUUAGUCAUUGACAGCGACUAUGGGUAAUGCCAUGGACUCUGCUGCAAUUUGCUUUCUCCGACUCUUAACAGGCGGAUAUGCUAUCAUGUCAUCAGUGCUGGAGCACACAGUUGGCUGACUAAGCGUGGGCUAAGAGGACCAGUGAAGCAACAAUAGCAAAAUAUGUUUUUUGAAGGAAUUUGAUACAUUCUUUUAAAAGCAUGGGGGAAAAUAAAAGGAUUCCUUGAGCUUCUCUA